AUGUGUGUAAAGGUGGCUGAGAGAAUGAAAGGAAAGGAAAGAAUGGAGUCUUCAAAUGGCACAACGCCAACAACUGGUGGACAACAACAACAACAACAGGGAGGCCAACAAGGCGGUCAGCAACAGCAUGGCGGUCAAGGUCAGCGUAGAAAUAACAACCCAAGAUAUCAGGGUCAGCAAGGCAACCAGCAGCAGGGCGGCGGUCAGUUCAACAAGAACAGACAGCAGGGCGGUCAGCAGGGUGGCCAGCAGCAGCGCGACGGCAAGUCUGGCGGCCAGAAGGGCGGUCAGCAGGGCCAGGACGGCCAGCAGCAGCAGCACGGUGGCAAGCAUCGCAAGCCACCCGCAAACGUCGAGUCCUUCCCAAUUCAAUUGACUCCACAGCAGCAGCAGCAGCUCCACUUGUACCAGCAGCAACAGCAGCAGCAGCAGACGUCGGGCAACCAGCAGUUCACCAACUUCUUGCCACCCGCCACCGCUCUGUACGCACCCGUGAUCAACUACAUGAACACCUUCCUCACCAACUUCCGCUCGCAAUCCCACCAAGACAUCCUGUUGUCCUACGACAACUUCUUCCGCUCCUGUGAGAUUUACUAUCCCAACUGCGCACUCCCCACCGUCGACGUCUUCCUCAGUGUCCUCGGCGACAAGAUUGAUGAGAACAACUUCACUGACAAGUUCUUCAUUCUGUUGUACAAGGAGAUCUAUUAUCGUUACUACUAUGCUCGUGUGCCUCAGCCAAACAUCCACACUUGCGUCGAGUCGUGGCAGAACUACGCCAUGAUCUUCAACACCCUGCUGGACGCUCAGACACCAUCCGAGGUGGAGAUUGACCUGCCCAACUCAUGGGUGUGGGACAUUGUCGACGAGUUCGUCUACCAGUAUCACACGUUUGCCAAGGCCAAGUUAAAGAAGUCGGACGUCGAGUUCCUCAACGAGAACCCGGAGAUCUGGGACACGACCUCGGUCAUCCAGUACCUCUACCUGUUGAUCAGAAAGUCACAGAUCUUCAAUGCACCCGCCCCAGGUACCGAGUCGGCCAUUGAUGACUUCUGUUCACAUCCAGUCUACAAGAUGUUGGGUUACUACAGCAUCAUCAGUUUGGUUCGUGUUCAAUGUUUGCUCGGUGAUUACACUCUCGCCUUGAAGACAUUGGAGCUCAUUGAUAUGGGAAAGAGAGCUAUGUAUACAUUUGUCACAGCAUGCCACAUCACUCUUUAUUAUUACCUCGCCUUUGCCUACCUCAUGUCAAGGAGAUACAAUGAGGCCAACAAGGCCCUCAACACCAUCUUGAUAUCAAUGGCCACCAAGUCUAGAAUCCAGAACUUCCAGGCUGACCAUAAUGUCAAGAAGAUCGAUAAAAUGUACGCAUUGUUGGCCAUCUGCCAAGCACUCUAUCCAAGCAAGAUUGAUGAGAAUGUCAACAAUUUGCUCAAGGAGAAGUUUGGAGAGAAGUUGGCAAGGAUGCAAAAGGGAGAGAUCUCUGUGUACGAGGAACUGUUCACCUUCUCGUCACCAAGAUGCGUCGGCCCCGUCUCGCCAUACAUCUCUGGCAUGAACCAGACGGUGUUUGACCCACCCAGACUCCAGCUGUCGCUGUUCAUCGAGGAGGUCAAGCAGCAGUCGCUGCUCACCACCAUUCGCAGCUACAUCACCCUCUACUCAUCGAUAUCCAUCCAGAAGCUGGCCACACUGCUGCAGCUCGACCCCGAGGAGCUGCGAGUCAAGCUCAUCUGUUACAAACACAAGCUGAUCAACGUCUUGGGCAAGGGUGACAACAAGUGGAACAACCAAAUCGACAUUGACUUCACCAUCGACCAGGACAUGAUCCACAUCGACAACCGCUUCCACGCCAAAGAGACCGAUUCAUUCAUCAACUCCAUUCUGAAAUUCGAAGGCUCCCUCAAGACCAUCUUUUAA